AUGCAGGAAUUGAGACCAGUGUCCAUGGAAGAGACAGGGCGUCUACCACAGGACGAUGUGAUAAAGGAGGGUAUCAGCAUUACAAUCCAAGAUCGAGCGGAAGGUAUCUGGCACGCACGUGCUGCGACGCGGGCCAUGAGAGCAUACUGCGCAAUACACUCGAUUCGAACUAUAAAAACCCUCGAAGCAGUCUCGACCACAUCUUGGGUGCAAACCUCUUCAACAUUGAGACACGAAUCCUUAUCGUUCGCCCGAGAAGCACUUUCCAGCAGGACACGGUCUUUGGGGUUGCACACCGGACCCACCAUCCAAAGUAUCUCCUACAGCACAAUCAUGGCACCGGUCGAUGUCACCACGGCCAAACCCAUAGUCUUCUCAGGUCCCUCAGGCACUGGCAAGAGUACCCUGCUCAAGAAGCUCUUCGCAGCACAUCCAGACCUAUUUGGCUUCUCAGUAUCGCACACCACAAGGAAACCACGAGCGGGUGAGGAAGAUGGCGUCCACUACCACUUUACCAGCAUGGACGAAUUCGAGAAGAUGGUUGCCGAGGAUAAAUUCGAAGAACAUGCCAAGUUUGGUGGAAACUGCUAUGGUAGUAGUCGAGCAGCUGUCCAGGCCGUGGCUGAGGGUCAAGGAAAGAGUAUAGAUGGUUCGCCAGCUCAGGGUCAUAGAAUCUGCAUUUUCGACAUUGAAAUGGAGGGUGUGAAGCAGUUGAAGAAGAGCAGACUAGACCCCAGGAUAUGCUUCAUUCAGCCGCCAGACGUACAGACAUUGGAGCAACGACUAAGAGGUCGAGGCACUGAUUCAGAAGACUCGAUACAAAAGAGACUGGCUCAGGCCAAGAACGAAAUAGAAUACUGCAAAACAGAAGGGAAGGACGACAAGGUAGUGGUCAACGAUGAUCUGGAUCGUGCUUUCAAGGAGCUCGAUGAGUGGGUCAUGAAGGACCUGAGCAGCCAGAACUAG